AUGUUCGCCGUCCCAGGAUGGUCCGUCUCGGCGGACGCCCUGAAACCCGAAACCCAGACCGGCAAGAAGAAGAACAACACGUCCAAGAACAACAGUGCGAAGAAGCGCAAGAAGGCCAAGAAGGAGGAGAAGCCCCCAGGCACGGGCGCUAACAAGGUCAUCGUCAACCAGCGCGUGUUUGGCCAAGCCAAGGACGACGAGCCCAAGAAGGGCAGCGGUAAGAGGGCCGCGCCGGUCGACGACGACGUCGACGGCAACGACGGUGGCGGCGGCGAGGAGGCGGCCACCCCCAAGCCGAGCAAGAAGCAAAAGAAGGACAAGAAGAGCGAAGGGGAGGCGCAGGAGACGCCCAGGUCCGACAAGAAGGACAAGAAGCAGAGGAAGGAGAAGCCGACGACGCCCAGCAAGGAGGCCUCGGCGGAGGACGAGAAGAAGGCGGCCAAGGAGGCUGCGGCGGCCAUCGCCGCCUCGGUGCCGCCCGUCCCCCCGCCCGCGGCCAAGCUCACGCCGCUCCAGCGCUCCAUGCGCCAGAAGCUCAUUUCGGCGCGCUUCCGCCACCUCAACGAGACGCUCUACACCCGUCCCUCGGCCCAGGCCUACCAGCUCUUCGAGGAGUCCCCCGAGAUGUUCUCCGAGUACCACGAGGGAUUCCGCCGCCAGGUCGAGGUCUGGCCCGAGAACCCCGUCGACGGAUACAUCCGCGACAUCAAGCUCCGCGCGAGGGCCCGGUACCCCAACGCUCGCGGCCGCCCCGGGGCGCAGCCCGCGUCCGCUGGGCCCGCGCCGCUGCCGCGCACCGACGGUGUAUGCUACGUCGCCGACCUGGGCUGUGGCGACGCCCGCCUUGCGUCGACGCUAAUGCCCGAGGCCGAGAAGCUCAAGCUCAAGGUCCUCAGCUACGACCUGCACUCCCCCGCCGAGCACGUCAUCAAGGCCGACAUCGCCAACCUCCCGCUGGCCGACGACUCGGUCGACAUCGCCAUCUUCUGCCUCGCCCUCAUGGGCACCAACUGGCUCGACUUCGUCGAGGAGGCCUACCGCAUCCUCCACUGGAAGGGUGAGCUCUGGGUCGCCGAGAUCAAGUCCCGCUUCGGCCCCGUGCGCCAGAAGAACGCCGUCGUCUCCCACAGCGUCGGCAACCGCAAGAAGGCCGCCGCCGCCGCCAACAAGGGCAAGGCGGGCGAGCCAGAGGAGACGGAGGCGGACCGCGUUGCCCUCGCCGUCGAGGUCGACGGCCACGAGGACAAGCGCGGCGAGACGGACGUGUCGGCCUUUGUCGAGGCCCUGAGGAAGCGCGGCUUCGUGCUCGCGGGCGAGGGCGAGGGCAACAAGGGCGCCGUAGACAUGUCUAACAAGAUGUUUGUCAAGAUGCGCUUCAUCAAGGGCGCGGCGCCCACCAAGGGCAAGGGUCUCGCCGCCGCCAAGGCGGCCGGCUUCGUCGACAAAGAGAAGAAGAAGAAGCAGAAGCGCUUCGUGUGGGAGACGGAAGAGGAGAAGGUGGAUGAAUCGGCCAUUCUCAAGCCGUGCCUGUACAAGAUUCGGUGA